GGUGGUCGGCGCGCGCACCGCCUGCCCCGGAAGCGGUCGCCUCGCGGCGCGGCUGGGCGCUAAGAUGGCGGCGGCGUGAGUUGCAUGUUGUGUGAGGAUCCCGGGGCCGCCGCGUCGCUCCGGCCCCGCCAUGGCCGUCACCAUCACGCUCAAAACGCUGCAGCAGCAGACCUUCAAAAUCCGCAUGGAGCCUGACGAGACGGUGAAGGUGCUGAAGGAAAAGAUAGAAGCUGAGAAGGGUCGUGAUGCCUUCCCCGUGGCUGGACAGAAACUUAUUUAUGCUGGCAAGAUCCUGAGUGAUGACGUGCCCAUCAGGGACUAUCGCAUUGAUGAGAAGAACUUUGUGGUCGUUAUGGUGACCAAGGCCAAAACCAGCCCAGGCACCUCAGUACCCCCAGAAGCCUCACCCACUGCUGCCCCGGAGUCCUCCACAUCCUUUCCUCCGGCCCCUGCCUCAGGCAUGUCGCAUCCCCCACCUACUGCCAGAGAGGACAAGAGCCCAUCGGAGGAAUCAGUCCCCACGACAUCCCCGGAGUCCGUGUCAGGCUCUGUUCCCUCUUCAGGUAGCAGCGGGCGAGAGGAAGACGCGGCAUCCACGCUAGUGACUGGUUCUGAGUAUGAGACGAUGCUGACAGAGAUUAUGUCCAUGGGAUAUGAGCGGGAGCGGGUCGUGGCCGCCCUGAGAGCCAGCUACAACAACCCCCACCGAGCCGUGGAGUAUCUACUCACGGGAAUUCCUGGGAGCCCCGAGCCAGAACAUAGUUCUGUCCAGGAGAGCCAGGUGUCGGAGCAGCCAGCCACAGAAGGAGCAGGAGAGAACCCCCUGGAGUUCCUGCGGGACCAGCCCCAGUUCCAGAACAUGCGGCAGGUGAUUCAGCAGAACCCGGCACUGUUGCCUGCCCUGCUCCAGCAGCUGGGCCAAGAGAAUCCUCAGCUUUUGCAGCAAAUUAGUCGGCACCAGGAGCAGUUCAUCCAGAUGCUCAAUGAGCCCCCCGGGGAGCUGGCAGACAUCUCUGAUGUGGAGGGUGAGGUGGGCGCCAUAGGUGAGGAGGCUCCGCAGAUGAACUACAUCCAGGUGACACCACAGGAGAAAGAAGCUAUAGAGAGGUUGAAAGCCUUGGGCUUCCCAGAGAGCUUGGUGAUCCAGGCCUACUUCGCUUGUGAAAAAAACGAGAACUUGGCUGCCAACUUCCUUCUGAGUCAGAACUUUGAUGACGAGUGAUGCAGGGAGGCCAGGCGACCCCCCAACCUCCCCACCCCCCAACUCCACAAAAGUUUUAUAAAAGAAAAAAAUAUAUAUAUAUUCAUGUUUAUUUAAGAAGUGGAAAAAAAUAAAAAACCUUAAAAAAAAAACCACCCCGAUUUCCCACCCUCCUCAAGUGGCCCCCAUUCCCAUCUUGGCCUGAGAAGACCUAGGCCAGACAGCUGUCCCCCAUCCCCCGCCCCAGCCCUGCCUGCUCUAAGAAACUGGCAGGACUGGAGGCGACAGAUGGGCCCCUCUUGGCCUCUGUCCCAGCUCCCUGCAGCCAGAUGGAGAGGCGGCUGCUUGCUUCCCCCUCCCCCGAAGAGCCCCUGAGACCUCCCCCCGCCUUCUUCCAGGGUGAGGGGAAGCUGGAGCCCCAAACCUUGAUCCUCCAUUGGAGUGCCCCAACCUUUCCAUCUGGGGUAAGCACUCAGAGGCUCAAGGACCGCCCCCCUCCCCAGUCUGGCCUGCAUCCCUUCGCUGGAGAGGAGGCCUGGUUUCUCCUGCCUGGGGAGGGGGUAACACCAGAGCUGCUCUGGAGGUCAAGGCCACCCCCCCACCCCACCCCCCGCCCCAAGGACAGAACCGUGUCUCUGAUAAAGGUUUUGAAGUGAAUAAAGUUUUAAAAGCCA